AUGGAAAAAACAAUGGAAAAAAAAAAAUACAAUCUCAAACAAAUAUGUUCGAUGAUAAAUAAUUUAUUCCCUAAUACGAGCUUGCAAUAUACAUAUAUAAAUACAUUUAUAUUAUGUCUGCUCUUUACAUUUAUACAUAAGUACCUAGAUCAAACAUUACCAUCUUUAUAUAAAUCAAUUGAAAAGGAUUUUAAUAUUGAUAUUAAAAUAUUACAUUAUAUGAAUACUAUUUAUAGAUUAGCAUAUUCAGCGUUUAAUUUUGUGUUUGCAAUUUUUUUCGAUUUUACCUUUAAACAAAUUUUAUCUUCUAAAUAUGAUGAAAAUAGGGACAGCUUAUCCAAAAGUACAAACCAAAACAACAAUGAUGGUAGUAAUCCAAUUCAAUAUGAAGUAAAUUUUAAUAAUGAAAAUGAAUUUAAAGAUGUUGAAAAAUUAAGCAGUGAUAAAAAAAAAGAUAGUGAAACAAAAUGUGGAAACGAAAAAAUAUUUAAUAGUAAUAAAUUAUAUGGAAAUUCAUUUUCUUUACAAGAUGAAAUAACUAUAAGCGAAUAUGAAUACACAUUAAAGGUUCUUUUGAUUUCACUAAUAAUUUAUACAACAGUUAUAUUGGGAAUUAUAAUUGCUAAUAAUUAUAUGCAUGUAUUUUUUUUUUUAUUUAUUAUGGGCAUGAAUAAUUCAUGUAUAUAUAUAUUAAUACAAAAAAUAUAUACUAAUAAUGUAUUUAGUGAGAAUAGAAGUACAAUAUAUGGUUUCCUACAUUUUUUCACAUCAAUAUCACAUAUGUUAUCAGUAUUUAUAAAUACAAAUUUAAGUAAUAAAUUAUAUUUUGGAUAUAAAGGUUGGCGUCUUUGCUAUUUUAUUAUUAUAUUUUUUCCAUUCUUUGUUUCAAUAUUUUUAUUAAAAUUAAUUAAAAAUCAUAAGCUAAAAAAAAAAGGAAUUAAAAAUCAAGAUACCUCCUUUAUGACACCUCUUGAAAAUUUGACAAAUAUGGAUAACCAAAACGCUAAACAAAAUAUCAAAAGAAAAAACAAAAAUGUAAGUGGAAACGAAAAUGGAUCUAACGAAGAAAAAAAUCUUUUACUUACCGAAAUAGCAAACCCAUGUAGCGACAAUAAUAAUAAAAAUAAAAGUAGUGAAAAUAUAAAUGACAACCAGUCUAUUUCAAUUUUUCAAAAAAAUGGGGACGCUAAUUUAAUGUCAAAAGAAGAAAAAAAAAAAGAAUUUAUUUAUGAAUUUGCAUAUUUAUAUGAAAUAAAAUAUGUUUUUAAAAAUUAUAGUUUUUGGAUAAUUAUAUUUAUGGGAAUGUUAAAUGGAAUACCAAAACAUGUUUUAAGUUUAAUGAUAUAUUUUUUUCAAUAUUGCAACAUUUCAGACUUCAAAAGUGGAUUAAUUAUAUCAAUAAGUUGGCUAUGUGCAAGUUUAGUAUCCCCAUUUAUUGGUAUCAUAAGUGAUUAUAUUUAUAAAUUAAAUAGAGAUAUAAAUAGACAAUUAAUAGGUAUGUGUACACAUUUUAUAAGAAUUACAUUAAUGUUUAUUAUGUUUUAUUUUAUUCCCAAAGAACCAGAAUCUUUUAUUUAUUUUGUAAUUAUUUCUUUACUUAUGGGAAUGCUAAGUGGGUGGGUAAACAUUGGUGCUCAUAAGCCAAUACUAAUUGAUAUUGUUAAGCAGAAACAUACAGCUUUUGUAAUUUCAUUAAUGGCUGCAUUUGAAAAUAUAGGAUCCUCAAUUUUAGGUACAAUCCUUUUAAAUUUCUUUUUAAAUAAAUAUAAUUAUAUUGAUAAAAGAAAAAUAAAUCAUGUAACACCAGAAAUAAACAAACAUAAUGUCAAUGUUUUAUCUCAUGUAUUACUAAUUACGACCUGUUUCCCAUGGCUUAUUUCUUUUUGUCUUUUACACAUUCUUAAAUAUACAUAUAAAAAAGAUAAAGUAUACAAGAAUAUAAUUUAA